AUGCAACUGCUAUGUCCUCAAAUAUUGAUAUUGCUAUCAGCAAUCGGCAAUGCUCUUGCGAUCCUAAGAGACACUGGCAGCGGUGUGUCGUGCGAAUCAUCAGCUUUUGACCUCCCUGAAGUCCUGGGUACACGCAUUAUCUCACUGAGGGCAACUCCAAUAUUCAACGACAGCCUGGCUCUUGACAGACGUGAUGUUCCGGAUCGACUCUCAACAUUGCCCGGAGCGAUCGAUGAUGGUCUUGAUUAUUGCAACGUCAGCCUCACAUACACUCAUCCAGGGCUGAAUGACUCAAUCAAUGUUGCAAUUUGGCUGCCAUUGAAGAGCCACUGGAACGGACGAUUCAUGGGUGUCGGCGGUGGAGGCUUCAACACAGGCUACAGCGCAGACUCUUCCUUUCCUUACAAUGGAAUUGGCGCCAACUUCUCGACCAUGUGGACCAGUGGAGGACACGUAUAUCCAACUCGUGAAGAUCCCUUUCCUGAUCCGGCGCCCUGGGGUCUCGCAAGCCCGGGAGUCGUAGACUUUAAUGGCUUCAAUAACUUUGCGUCACUCACCCUGCACGAAGCAACCCUGUUCGGCAAGGCAAUCACCGAGAACUACUACGGUCGACCUGCUGAAUACUCAUACUGGAACGGUUGCUCGCAAGGCGGUCGCCAGGGCCACAUGUUUGCGCAGAGAUAUCCUGACAUGUAUGAUGGCAUUCUCGGAGCAGCAGCCGCCAUCAACUGGGUGGACAUUUUCCAGUUCAUGCUUUGGCCACAGAUCGUCAUGAAUCAAGAAGGACAAUUCCCAUCACUAUGCGAGCUGGAAGCCAUCAAAGAAGCAGCCAUCGAAGCAUGCGAUGAGCUCGAUGGUCUGAAGGAUGGUCUAAUCUCGGCGAAUAGCCAAUGCACCUUUGACGCCAACGAGGCCGUUGGCCGACUCUACAACUGUUCUGGCGAGUAUGUUCAGGUCUCGGCUGGGGCAGCACAAGUCGCCAACGCAGCAUGGCGCGGCCCUCUCAACAUCGACGGUACCCAGCAAUGGUAUGGAACCUCCAAAGACACAGACCUCAGCCCAAUUGCAAACACGACCAUCUCCAGCAAUGGAACUCGUGAAGUCAACCCACUCUUCCUGCCACACGACUGGAUCAGAGUCUGGAUCGCCAAAGACGCAACCUACAAGCCCGCGCUCGCCACUUACGAGGACUUCGACCACUUCUUCCAUACUGGACACCAGAUCUACGACUCGCCAAUCGGCACUGUCGACCCCGAUCUGCGCGCAUUCAGAGACGCGGGAGGCAAGUUUCUGACCUGGCACGGCGUGGCAGACGCCUUCAUCCCCUUCGAUGGCACCGUUGACUAUUACAAUAAAGUCCUGCAGCGAGAUCCAUCAAUCGACGACUAUUACCGCUUCUUUCCAGUCCCUGGCAUCGGGCACUGUGGAGGCGGUCCCGGUGCAAAGCCGGAUUCGAGCCUCGAGACGCUCGUGAAUUGGGUCGAGAAAGGUAUUGCGCCGGAAACGCUACUGGCCAUGAAGAAGUCUACGAAUGGAAGUAUCGAGUACCAACGCCCACUGUGCAGAUACCCAUUUUUCACUGUCUUCGUAGGCUCUGAUCCCAAUUUGGUAGAGUCAUAUGAGUGUCGAGAAUCCUUUUGA